GACCAUCACAUCAAAGUUGAGACAAGUGACUCGUUCAAAAUCGAACGACCACAGCCGAAAUACGCUGACGGGCGACGAACCAGCGCACCGGCGAUUCUAUGGAGCCCUGCAAAUCUCGUCGAUGACAAGAAAGACAACGAGUUGCUGGCUGCACCAAGAGAGGCAAGGUCAGCCAGCCCAGACUCCGGCAUUGGACUCGACCAUCCGAUGGAUUCUACAGAUCUCCCAAUUGACUCUCUUCCACCAUCUACCGGCGGAUUCUCUGUUCCAGUAAUACCAACGUCACCGGCCAGAAAUGCUCUUAACCCCACCAAUCACACUCUGCCACCAUUCCUGUGGCCAUGGAUUAAUGCGCCGUACGGUGCAAUCCUCCAGACUGGACAUGACUACGAUCUGUAA